AGUUACAGACUUCGUCAACCCGCAGGCAAAAUAGUGCACGUAACGUAACACCACGUGAGCUAACUGUUGGGGUUUUUUUCAUUACGAGACUGCUUUUUCGGAGUGCUGUACUGCGCCGUCAUGUUUCCACAAGGUAACCAAUGCGACACUUACGAGGACUGCAUGGCCACAGCUAAUUGGCUGCUGACCCAGACCGACGUGCGGCCUUCCGUCGGCAUUGUGUGCGGCUCGGGCCUAGGUGGGCUGGCGGCGAUGUUGAAGGACCAGGUGGUGUUCUACUACAAAGACAUUCCUAACUUCCCACAAAGCACAGUGCACGGACACGCUGGACGACUGGUUUUCGGAACACUGAAGGGGCGAUCGUGUGUGUGCAUGCAGGGCCGCUUCCACCUGUACGAGGGCUACCCCAUCCAGAAGAUCACGCUGCCCAUGCGGAUUUUCAAACUGCUGGGUGUGGACACGGUGAUCCUGACCAACGCGGCAGGCGGUCUCCAUCAGGAUUUCAAGGUGGGAGACAUCAUGAUCAUUAAAGACCACCUCAAUAUGCCAGGCUUCGCUGGGAACAACCCACUCAUCGGACUCAACGACGAUCGGUUCGGCGUUCGCUUUCCGUGCAUGUCCGACGCGUACGACCGAGAGCUUCAGCAGCUGGCCAUGGAUGUGGGGCAGGAACUGGGCUUUGGGGACUUCUUGAAAGAGGGCGUCUAUUGCGUGCUGGGCGGACCGUCUUUUGAGACCAUCGCUGAGUGCAGGAUGCUGCAUAAACUCGGCGCCGAUGCUGUCGGCAUGAGCACAGUCCACGAGGUGAUCGUGGCCCGACACUGCGGCAUGCGCGUCUUCGCCCUGUCGCUGAUCACAAAUCAGGCAGUGAUGGACUACGACAGCGAGGAGAAGGCCAACCACGAGGAGGUCCUCCAGAUGGGCAAACAGAGGGCGGAGCAACUGGAACAGCUCAUCUGCACCAUGGUGGUCAGGAUGGAGCACAACAACAAUGACGCCUGAGCCAUCUUGCCUUGUUCGCAAGGUACAAACUUCCAUCCUUGUUCCAUUCCUACGUCUGAUAUCCCGUUGCGUGUCCUCGCUAUAUUAUUUAUAUGUGAACAGCAGAUCAACAUGUACAAGUGUCAUUGAAAGCAAACUGUUUUUGUUUUUUUAAUUAUUUUUAAUAAAGGUUAUUUAUUACUCCACACUGUGUGACUUUGAUUGGCUUUUACAAUGCGUGUAAACAGGAAGUACUUAUGAAGAGUUACAAAAGUGUUAUUUUGUUGCACCGUUAAAAACGCAGACACAUGCACGACA